UGCACUUUCGGUCUUUACAAAUACUCAAAAAAGUGUUGAUGCUUUCUAUAGUAAAUUACAACCAACCAAACAGAAAUUUUGGACAUUUUAUUUGUGUGUAGCGACUAUAAUAUCAAUUGAAUUAAGUUAGAUAAACACAUGUUUCUAACAAUCGGGACCCAAAAAGUGAUCUAAAAGCAAUCCUUGAUAGAUGGAAGUGUUCCGUGGUCGAGAAAAACUUACAAUCUGCAUAAUCAGCUGUCAGUGAGAUAGAUCAUCUGUCCCUGUAAAUAUAAAAGCUAAGACAAUCACAACACGUUUUAGUUUGAUAUGUGUAUAUAAUGAAGUAAACAAUCGAGCUACGAUGUGACCCUGGAUGCGCUCGCGACAGCAGCGAUCUCCAAGCAGAUAUGGGGUAAUAACCUAACAGUGGAGUGAGGCUGGUUACGGUAUGGCUGGACUCCCGUGAGGCGGGCGCACGAGUUUCAAGACCUGAUAAUUGUUGAAUGCAGAAAUAUGUCCGGCGAUUACCCGUUCGCGGCAAAAAUCGUGAGCCCGGUUAAGUGCAAUGAAAAGCCCUGGGAUCUGUGGGUCAGUGAAAUAGGGCACCUGUCGCCGCGGCCUGACGAUGACGCCACGUUCACGUCGCCGGCGGCGGUGGACGCGAAGGGCGGCGCGUCCGUGCGGCGCGUGCACGACAGCCACCCCUACAAGCAGGCGGACAGGCAGGCGCGCUACCGUCGCGCCGGCCUCAACCGCCUCAAGUACGAGAGCAUGAGCCUGCACGGACUGUUCCCUCAGAUGGACAACUUAAAUGCAGCAGUGUGUCAUAUGUGCGGUGUGAUAGUGAAGUGUAGUGCGGCUUACAGACACUGGCUGGAGUCCCAUACAGGGACCGAGCCUUUGCCCCCACCGCCGCCGCCUGUCUCCACACACAAAAGCCGUAGCCGACAUAAAAAGGAACCACCUCCACCCCCUAUCCCUGUAGAUAUACUCCCAGUGAAAAUGGAGACCUCCCCUGUGCACACCGCUACACCUCCAUUAUCAAGGAUAGUGUUACCACCACAGCCUGACCUGCAGUACAUGGAUGAGGCUAGCACUUCUGCUGCUGUGACGGGGGAAGUCAAAGUCAGCAUGGAGUGUGGAGAGUUACCAGUCGUCAGUAUACAGGACACAGAGGAUCUUCCCCUCGGUGAAAAUUUAACCGAUGAUAUUUUUGCCAUUAUGAAUUCAGAAGGGAUACAGAGUGCUGAUGACAUCACAAAUGCUGCAGACUGGAAAAAUAUUAUCAGAGAUAUAGGAAAUAUGGGAGAGAUUAAUUUUCCACAAGCAACUGAUAGUGUUCCUACACCAGAUUUAUAUGCCCCGAUGCACACGUCCUCGUUAUCAGCAUACGCGAUAUCUGAUUCAGAUCUGUCAAGUCUUCAGUUCGCGCCGAGCACGUCACCGAUGAUGUCGGCGGUGAUGGAGCCGCCGGUGCUCGCCACUCCAGCUUUAAAGCCGACACCAACUCCGACCACGCCAUCAACGAAGUCAACGUCUAGAUCGAAAACAAGUAAAACUAAGUUUAAUUUACGAGAAUACGAUCCGAAUAAGCACUGUGGUGUAGUGACCGCAGAGAACCCCAAACCCUGCACGAGGUCACUCACGUGUAAGGCCCAUGCGCUGUCGUUACGGAGGACAGUGGAGGGGCGCUCCAAGCCCUUCGACACGCUGCUGGCGGAGCACCGCGCGUCGCGGGACGCGGGCGCGGCGGCGGCGGCGGCUGCGGCGGCCGCGCCCCCGCCCGCGCCCGCGCCCGCGCCGCCUCUGCUGGCGCCGCUGGCCGCGCCCCUGCCUGCCGUCCCACCCGCGCCUCCCGCGCAGCCCGUCAACCUCCCACCGCUCCUAGUCAAUUCGUCGAUAGACCUGAGCACUUUUAACGGCCUGUCCGCCGAGCAACAGGUCAACGACAUUUAUGCCAGCCUGCUCAAUGUGGAGGAUCCUAAUUCAGUGCUGCCGGAUACGUCGAGUAUCACAUCCCUGCUCAGUCAGCCGCUGGCGGCUGAGGCGUUUCUCAUGCCGGACGACGCGGAGAUCCCGCCGGACGUCCCGGUCAUGAGCAUAGCAUCCCCGGCGGAGCCGCCGUGCGUCCGGCUGGACGACAAGCCGGACGAGAGCCCGCCGCCGCUGGUGCCGGCAGACGUGUGCUGGUACUCGUCGUGCCCGCGCCCGCUGGCGCUGUGCACAUUCAACGCAUCGCACGCAGGUGGUGCGAUCACUUUAGGUAAAAAAUUCGCGACGGUCCGAAGUAAUAUUAAGUCCUCAUUGUCGCGGUCUCAGUGCAAGUCCUCGGGCAGCGCGAACAAUUACUAUUAUAAUCCUAAUGCCCUGUCAUUAUCAAAAACUGUACAUAUGAACGCUAGUAAAACGAAUAAGCCCGAAGUGCGUAAACUGAUAGUGACGUGUAGUGGGGGCCUGGGCGGGGGCGGGUCGGGUGGCAAGGAGGUGCAGCAGACGCUGAGCGAGCUGUUCGGCGGCGAGGUGCGACACGCGCUCAACGGGCACGUGGAGCGGCGGCGCCCGCUCAAGCACGCGGCCGGCAAGCGCGCGCCCGCGCCCAGCCUGGAUCUCGGCUUCGCCAUCGACCCGCUGCUGGCCGACGAGAAGUGCUGAGCACCAAUAAGCAAUCACCGGUUGUGUAGUCACAUAAUAAUUGUAUAUUUAUUUUUCUGUAAUGAAUCGAAUCGGAUUCACGUAUGUAAAAUGUAAAAUAAUCACGAAUUUUUCCUGAGCGGAAUUUAAUGUUAUGAUAAUGUUAAAUCUCAUUUUUUUUCGUCGACAAGCGAACUAAUGUUUGUAUUAUUUUGUAUAUUAUUUUAUAAGAUUUUUUUAAAUCCUUCUCCGAUACGAGAGUCGGUAUGUGUCAAUGAAGAAUUAAAAAUAGAUUAUUACAGAAUGGUUGUAUUUUUUCGAAAUGACAUUAUUACUCAUUGUUGAUACUGAAUUGAAUACUGAUAAAUGGCCUAGGAUUAAUAAUGGUUUAAUGUGAUGAAAAUUUCCAUGUAAAAAUAUAAAUACUAUUAAAAUAAGUAUAUCCGUAAUAGUAAAUCGCCUCCUUUGGAAAAUAAAGGCAAAUACCUCAAUAACUAAAA